AAAAAACACUGUCGUCGUGUCAGGAGAACUGAUUACUGAGACGCUUGGGUAUCAGAUCUUAUCUCCUUUAUCUCACAUUCUUCUUUGAUUUGCCGCGCGAGGCGUUCAUGGGGUUGGUCCAUCGCUUUUUAUACAUGUGCGCCAGUGCAAUACGAGAACAUCGCGAGUGGUUGCAAGACACGUCCAGCCUAAAUGGGUAGAGGGCAUCGCACCGGUACAUAUAAAAAUGGGCGACCAUCACAAUGAGGACGACAAGACUCUUCCUCAAGUCGGGAUUAAUCCUACAAUUAAAUCAAUAGCGGCCUUUGGCGCUUGUGCAGGUGUAUUUGGGGGUCUGACUGCUGGAACCGUUGGCGUUCUACGAGGCAUUCCACACCCAGGUUUACGAGUCAUAGCAGGCGGAUUGAGCUACUUCUUUUGGGGAAGCACUCUCUGGACUCUUCGGUCUGCGGGCCUUGCGGCAUCUAGCACGCUGCGCGGGCCUGAAAACGUCACUUCUACUGAUCGUGUACUCUGGACUACCGUUGCGGCUGGUAUCUCCGGUGGCUGCUCCGGUCUGAUGCAAGAGCGGUUCGGAGGUCAAAAGGGUACUUUAAGGCCAACUAUCUUCCUUUGGACCAUCGCGGCUUUGGGUGGCCAAAGUAUGGUCGAAUUCCUAGACUCGAGGCAUCAACAGCGAUUACUUGAUGAAGAACUGGAUCCGCGUCUGAGACUGCCCAUGCUGCAUCGCCUCGCUGCAUCCAAAUGGAGUCCAUUCAAACUGCUGUCCAACGAGGAAUAUGAACAGCAUCUCGAAGAACGAAUACUAGUGUUUGACACCGAAAUUGCUCUUAUCGACGAUCAGAUCGCGCAACUCAAGCUCGCUUUGUCAGCCGAGGAGUCAUCAGAGAAUCAAAGGUCAUGAAACUAUAAAGACCUAUCCUCGAAGAAACAGCUUCCAUCUUCAUGGUCAGACUGUGCGAAACUCAGCUGCCCGAUACAGAUCUCCGGAUUGCCAGAAGAAACAUCUGUGCAACGUCUCGGUCCGAGCUUGAAUCGCGAUAUUGGUCCAAUAUAGACCCUUGCCUUCCCUGCAUGCGAUCAAUAUUGGCCACCUAAUAGAA